UAUAACAAAUAAUUUGAGUAUGGAGAAGAAUUAUGAGAGUAACGGACUCGGCCUAGUCAAUAAUAGUGAGUGCUCUGUGAUGAACAACAUUGUAGGGUACGCAAAAUCAUCAUCGUCGUCUGAUGGAAAUGAAGAAAUUGAGGAUGUAAAGGAAGAAGUAGUUGAUCAAGUUAAUGGGCAGAAAGAAGUAGUUUAUCAUGUUGGUGAGCAUGAAGAGAUUAAUCUUCAUGUUGAUGAGCAAGAAGAAGUUGGUGAUCAUGUUGAUGAGCAUGAAGAUAUUAGUGAUCAUGUUGAUGAGCAAGAGGAAAUUGUUCACCAUGUUGAUGAGCGGAAAGAGAUUAGUGACCAAGAAGAUAAUCUCGUCAGUACAGCUGAUGAUAUUGCGGAGAACGAAGACCUAGAUCUACCAGCGUUGAAGAGACGACCAAAGCGGACCAUCAGGCCUGUACAAGACAAAAGUAAGGUUGUUAAAUUCGUUGACAGUGAUGAUAGUUCUGAAGAUGAUGAGGAUCGAGAUUGGAAUGCUGAAGGAGAAGAACAGAAGAAUGCAGUAGGAGGAGGGGAAAGCAAUGAUAGUGAUAUUGACAGUGAAGCUGAAGGAAGUGGUGAUGAAAGUAACACUGAGGAUGAACCACAUGAGGAUGAUGAUGGAGUGACAAACCAGGGUAAUGAUAUUGGGAUGAAGAGUCAGGAAGAAGAAGAGGAGAAAGCUGAACCAAUUAAGAUUACUAAGGAUGAAAUGCCUUUUUUGUUCAUUCCAAGAGGAGCAGGAAAAAGACAAAUCAAAGUCAUCCAGUAUAAAAAUGAGAUUUCAGAAAAAGCAAAAGAUAUGUCUAGUGGAUCAAGUUCGGAGGAUGAAGAAUGGCAAGCUAAACAAGAGGAUAUCACAGAACAGAUCAGCCAAGAAGAAGGCGAAGAAGACGUAGAUUUGAGCAAUGUUCCACUGAUCAAAGAAAGUGAGAUAAACCAGAACAAAUCAAAGCCCAAAAAACCAAAAGAGACAACUCAAAAGUCUUCGACUCUCUCUCACUCGGAAGCUCUUGAAAUCAGCAUCUGCUGUGUAUGUUUAACCGGAACAGAGGAAGAUAACAUACUGGAAUGUGACAAGUGUGGUAUAACAGUCCACGAGGGGUGCUACGGUGCUCCCCCAACUGAUCCUGAAAAUGACGAGCUGGACAUGACUUGGUUCUGUGAGCCCUGUGUGGCUGAUGCUAGUCACGAAUGUGAACUGUGCCCUAACAAAGAAGGUGUUAUGAAAUGUACUGAUUCUGGUAAAUGGGCUCAUAUGGUGUGUGCUUUGUACUCUGAAGGUAUAGGCUUUGGGGAUACUACUCUGUUGGAACCUAUUAUCACAACGGAUAUCCCACCCUCUAAAUUUGGUUACAAAAAAUGUGAUUUGUGUGAAGAUGAGCGGUUUGCUUAUUCUGGACUUGUUGUCGAAUGUGAUGCUGGAUUAUGCAAGUCAAAUUUUCACAUAACAUGUGCCCAGAAAUUGGGCUAUUUGAUGGAAAAUACCAACGAGGAUGUUAAAACUAAUCCCUUCUUUACUCACUGCAAAGUUCAUGUUGACAAAGACCUUGCUAGACCUAAAAAGAAAGCUUACAGAUUGUUGAUGGAGCAUUUGAACGCAGCAUCAAAUGAUCAGCUUGACGAGCAGUCAAGUCAAAUACUCGAGCAAAAAAGAAGAGAAUAUCUAGUGAGUAGAAAAGGAACAAUCGUACCAGCCAUCAUGACUGAGAGACAUCCUCGAGCCCUUUUUGGAUCAGUUUCUGCUUUUUCAAAACUAACUAAGAAAGCUGAACUGUUUGGUCUGAACACUCAUGUCACAAUUGUUGAGGAUAAUGAUUAUUCUGACAAACCUAUUAAACUGAUAAAGCCAGACAUAUCUAGCGGAUUUGCUAAGCAAUAUGAGACAAGGCAGAAACAGCUGAGGGAAACAGCUGCUAGGUCAAACUACCAUUACAAGAAUCUAAUGAAUCUGAGGGAAGAAGAGCAGAAGCUGCAAGCUGAGAUUCAUGAUCUGCAGAUGCAGGUGCCUAAAAUAUCUAAGAAGUAUGAAAAGAUUCGUAAGCAAGCUGUUGCAAUCUGGAAAUUCUUAUCUUUAGUUGAGCCUACUGAGUAUGACAUCCCUGAUAGUUUAAUGCAAAAGCAGAACAUUCGAAUCAAAGCAAACGUCAUCAAGAAAAAGAUGGGUCUGAAGUUUUGCCACACCUGUAAACAUGGCCAAGCCCCAGAGACCAUGGUGGAUUGUGACGAGUGUCACAAUUGGUUCCACUUUGGUUGUCUUGAUCCUCCUCUUACCAGGAACCCCAAAGUUAGCAAGAGAUGGGCUUGGUUUUGUACAGACUGCACUAAUUCUAAAGUUGGAAGUACAGGUGAUGCUGUAAGUGAAAAGGAAAACAGAAAAAGUAACACAGCUACAGUGAAGGAUAAAGAUAAGAAUGGGGUGGAGGUAAAAUCGACUAAAUAUGGUAGGUCCGUGAAGAAACCUGAUCACUUUAAAAGCGAUCAGGUUGCUAAAGAGAAGCCCCAACCAGUGACAUCACACGAAUCUCCCAAGAAACAAGUAGUGGAAAGUGUUGUCGCUAUCGACUCUUUUCGUAAAUCUCAUGAAACGCAUUGUAGCACAUGCUCAAAACAGGAUUGCUCUCAGAAAUUGUUCUGCGAUUUCUGUAAAAAGCACUUUCAUUUGCAUUGUACAAGUGGAACCUACGAAUCUGGCAGUUUUGUUUGUGAGAAUUGUGAAGCUUUGACCGCUACAGUCCCAGCUUUAGAAAAUAAAACCAUAGAAGUUCCUGCUAAAAUGUCAGAAACCGAAACCCCGAAAUCACAGAGCCAAAAACGCAAGAAUAUUUUCGAACUUCAGUACGAUUUGAUGCAGCAGAAAAAGCGCAAAGAAGCAACGGAACCAAAGUUAGACCAAUCCAAAGAAGCUGAUCUGAAUGUUUCAGCUGACAGAUCAGAUACAACCCUUAAAAACUUAGACACAGACGAUGAGAUAACAGAUCGUGAUAUCGUAGAAGAACAACUCACUCAAGAAGACCCAGUUGUUUCACCACCUGCCCCCGCUAAACCUUCGUUAUUCUCGAAUAUUCUCAAAGGUAUUCAGCAAGCAGUUGCUAAAGUUCCAGAGGAUUCCAAAGUUAAGCUUGGGAUGAGUCCUGUAAAAUCAGUGAAGAUAGUUCAGGACAGCCCAGAGAUUGAUAGCGAGAAGGUGGUUUCAGUUAAUGUUGAAAUUAGUGAAAGUGACUCACAUCAAACCGUGUUGACUAUUCUGCCGACAGAUUUUUCAAACAGUGACUGUGUCAGCUCUAUGAGUUUAAGUAAGCCCGCUAUUGUAAGUCAAAAACAGCAGUCUGAUUCAGAGGGAAGCUUGCCAGAUGUUUUUAGCGAUUGAAGUAGAAUUUUAAUUCAUGAUAUUUUUAUAUUUAUUGAAAAUCAAAUUUAAGAACUUCAGCGUUUCAGGUUAUUUUACCUUUCAUAACUGAAAUUUUGGCCUGCGAUGCAAUUUAUGAAAAACAAAUGGUUUUCACAAAAUGAUGUUGUACUGACAAUCAAGAAAUUAAGAUCUUUCAGAUUUGAAGUAAUUUCAGGAUCAGUUAUAUUUAUUAAGAUAAUACACGAAUACACGCUAGUUUUAUGAUUAAGUUGUUUGAUUGACUUAUAUUUAUUGUCCAAACUAUUAUUUUACUACAUUUCACUCAUUGUAGAUCA